AUGCCUCUCAUCGUCGUUACCGGAGCCACAGGCACUCAGGGUGGUUCUGUCGCCCGCAUCUUUGCCAAAGACCCGGCUUGGAAAGUACGAGGUCUGACUCAGAACCCAAACAGCGAUAAAGCCAAGGAACUCGAAAGGCUUGGAAUCGAGAUUGUCUUUGCUGAUCUCAAUAAUUCUUCAACUUUAUCUGAAGCCUUCUCGGGUGCCACGGCAGUUUUCGGGACGACAAACUUCUGGGAAAUCGCUCCCGAGCAUAGCUUAGAGGCUGCUGAAAAAGAUGAGGAGCAGCAGUUCAUCAACAUUGCUGAUGCUUGUACCCAGUGUUCGACUCUCAAGCAUUUGAUUCUCAGUACGAUGCCGAAUUGUAGAGAUAUCUCUAACGGCAAGCUUCCAUGUCCCCAUUGGGAUGCAAAGGCGAGGGGCGGGGAACACGUGAAGAAAGCCCAUCCCGGCCUUGUAGCAAAGACUACCUACGUGUGGUUAGGAUGGUAUCUGGACAAUAUGGUCAACCAGCCUUUGAUGUUUCCUCAACCGUAUCUGGGACAAUACAUCUUGGCGCAACCAUCUAAGGCUGAUGGUAUCGUCCCUGUUGCCGGAGUCGUCUCCCUCAAUACUGGCAUUGUCGUCCAUGCCAUCAUCUCUCAGCCGGAAAAGACGCAUACAAAAUACGUCCCGAUUGUAACCGACUUUAUACCAUGGAUAGCGGUGGUCGAGGGAUGGAGCAAGACUACUGGCAAGCCUGCCGUGUACGCCGAAUUAACGGACACGGAGAUCUCCAAACUUGUCGGACCUGUAUUUGGUCCCGAAAUGGCUAGUCAAUUCAGGUUCAGUGAACAAUACCCCGAUUGGUACAGCUAUUAUCCUCAAGAGACCAUAUCUAUCGGAAAUCUUGGUAUCGAGGCCAAAGUAUACAACUUUGCGCGAGGGCUCGAACACUUGAAGGACGAAAUCAAAGCCACGCUUGUUUCUAAGGCUUAG